UAUUAUAGGUAUAACUGAAACUCGCAUAACAGAUGCUACUAUUGAUAACUUCAAUUACAAUAUUCCUGAGUACUCGUUUGAAUUUGUUCCAACGCCUCUUGCUGCAGGAGGAGUUGGAAUGUAUAUAAACAAUGAGCUUAGAUAUUUUAUUAUUGAAAAAUCCGCGAACAAGGACUUUCAAGCUCUAUAA